GAAAGUGCCAGCCAGCGCCUCGCUGCGCCCUUUGACCGAUGUUCGGGACUCCCCACCCAGUCUAGCUGCAAUCCGAUGUUUUCCCCUCGAACGGGGUCAGUACAAGAGAACCCUGCCCCACAAGCUACAGCACAAGCUCACCCAGGAAGACAGCAGCCGACUUGUGUGGUAAUGGCGGAGGCACCUGAGUUGUUGAGUGGGGAUCUGCUGAGCGGUGGACAGGAAUACCGUGUACACCUGUCACAUGACGGCCUACGCUGGCAGCUGACCAAUCAGAAGAAGGAACCCGCAGAGGUCAGCCUCCCGUGGAGUGACAUCUACGGCCUGGGGUCAGAUGGCCUGGGGGAGACAACUCAGGUGAAUGGUGAGGGCAAGAGCUUCACCAUCCACUUUAUAUCCCGCAGAAAGGAUAAGAAGUGGAGGGCAGCUGAGAAGAAGUUUGAUGUGAAGGAAGGUGACGUCAGUGCAUGGGUUGUCCAGAUACAAGCCAAGUAUCGACCAGCGACCCCUAAAAGCCUGCUUGUGAUAGUGAACCCAAUCGGGGGCAAGGGUCAAGGUCGACAGAUCUACGAGAAGAAGGUGGCAGGUCUCUUCAAGACGGCAGAGAUUAACACUCAUGUUAUCUUGACAGAAAGGGCCAGACAUGCAGAAGAAAUUAUCAACAACUUUGACUUCUCUGAUGUGGAAGGCAUCGUGACAGUGGGAGGAGACGGGAUGUACCAGGAGGCACUCAACACGCUCAUCCAACGGAACCAGAAAGAGGCUGGCAUCGACGUCAAUAAUCCAGAGUCUGUCCUCAAGCCGCUAGAUAUCAAGUUUGGCAUCAUUCCAGCAGGUACAGGCAAUGGUGUUGCAAAUUGGGCUUGUGGUGUUAACGAUGUUGAGACUGCAGCUCUACAUGUAAUACGAGGCGAGGUAAACAAUUUCAACAUUUUCGGCAUCUAUGAACCAGGCAAGCUCGUGUGCUUCAGCGGCCUUCUCUUUGCCUAUGGAUUCUACAGCGACAUGGUUAAAAAGACGGAUGAGAAGCGAUGGAUGAAAACAUUCAGAUAUCCUUAUGUGCUGCUAACCAGUAUGUUGGGCAAGAGGCGUGUUUAUGAGGCGGACAUCCAGGUGCUCGAGGCACCGAGUCUUGAGAACAACGCACAGGACAAGCGUGGGGCAGAGUCCGAAGGAGCUGCCGCCUCCCCCACAGAGCUAGGAUGGCGGAGACUGGAGACGAGGGAGUACAUGGAUGUCCUCAUGUUUGUCUGUGAUCUCAACACUGCCGGGGAGCAGCUCGUAAUGGACCCAUCGUCACAGACCAUCACCGUUCUGCUGUCUAAGCACUGUGGAAGAAUCAGCCACCUCAAGGUGUUUUUGGGGGCGAUGACAGGGAAGAAAGAGAGUCUGCAGGCUCCACAGUUGACUGUCCUGAAAAAUGUCACAGCAUUUAAGAUCAAGGUCAAGGUCUGUGAUGAGAACUCCUCGAAGUCUGAAAAACAGAAGGAACUGGAACACUUACUGGACGUCGAUGGGGAGGUGUACCGAGCAGAGACCAUGGAUCUCGAGAUACGUUUACAGUCACAGUUUGUUCCCAUGUUUUCCUCCCCUGUUGAAGUGCCCUGUGUGCCAACGACAGAGAUAUGACUCCCCAGGACCAGCCAGCUGUUUCAGGGGGAGCAAUAGAUUCCCUGUGGAACACCUGUUUCAGGGGGAGCAAUAGAUUCCCUGGAGAACACCUGUUUCAGGAGGGACCAGGGGUCAAGGAAAGUACCCAGCAUUCAACACUCAGAUCAAGAAAAUGCUACCCUCCAUCACCCAACUGUGCCUUUAUCCUGUGGAACUGUGUUGCCAUCCAGCUGAGCACGACCACCAGCUUGUGGUGUGAGGUAACAUAUGGCAGCUACUCCACUGUAACAAGGAACAGGGCAUGUCUUGCAUGGCGGAGAUGACUUUCAAAACGUACGCUAUGUAUGUUUUUACCUGUUGACUUAAAGAUGUUGUACAACUUCUUAGUUUGAACUUUCCUAGUCUGUGGAUGUAUAUGUGUCUGUAACUGAACUUAUAUACCCAGAAGAAUAUGUCUUGUAUCGACCUACCAUAAACCCGUGAAGAUCCAGGUUAAAAUUGGUCUUCAGUAACCCAUGUUUGUUGCAAGAGGCGACUAACGGGAUCUGGUGGUCAGGCUCGCUGACUUAGUGGAUGCACAUCAUUGUAUACCAAUUUGGUAGAUCGAUGCUCGUGAUCACUGGAUUGUCUGUGUUCUUCCCAGUUGAUCAAAAUUGUCUGUUUACUGAUGUCACAGACAGCUCUAUAUUUACCAAUUGGUCCAUAUUGCCUGUUUACUGAUGUGACAGACAGCUCUAUAUUUACCAGAUGGUCCAUAUUGCCUGUUUGCUGAGGUUACACACAGCUCUAUACUUACCAGUUGGUCCAUAUUGCCUGUUUGCUGAUGUCACAGACAGCUCUAUAUUUACCAGUUGGUCCAUAUUGCCUGUUUACUGAUGUCACAGACAGCUGUAUACUUCCCAGUUGGUCCAUAUUGUCUGUUUACUGAUGUGACAGACAGCUGUAUACGUCCCAGUUGGUCCAUAUUGCCUGUUUGCUGAUGUCACAGACAGCUCUAUAUUUACCAGUUGGUCCAUAUUGCCUGUUUACUGAUGUGACAGACAGCUCUAUAUUUACCAGAUGGUCCAUAUUGCCUGUUUGCUGAUGUCACAGACAGCUCUAUAUUUACCAGUUGGUCCAUAUUGCCUGUUUACUGAUGUGACAGACAGCUCUAUAUGUACCAGUUGGUCCAUAUUGCCUGUUUGCUGAUGUCACAGACAGCUCUAUAUUAACCAGUUGGUCCAUAUUGUCUGUUUGCAGAUGUGACAGACAGCUCUAUAUUUACCAGUUGGUCCAUAUUGUCUGUUUGCAGAUGUCACAGACAGCUCUAUAGUUUCUGAU